AUGUCAUUCAGACCAGGUAGCAGAGGUGGUUCCCGUGGAGGUUCCAGAGGUGGCUUCGGUGGUAGAGGCGGUUCCCGUGGUGGUGCUCGCGGUGGUUCCAGAGGUGGCUUCGGUGGUAGAGGCGGUUCUCGUGGUGGUGCCCGUGGUGGUUCCAGAGGCGGCUUCGGUGGUAGAGGCGGUUCUCGUGGUGGUGCCCGUGGUGGCUCCAGAGGUGGUAGAGGUGGCGCUGCUGGUGGUGCCCGUGGUGGUGCCAAGGUCGUUAUUGAACCACAUAGACAUGCCGGUGUUUACAUUGCUAGAGGUAAAGAAGAUUUGCUAGUUACCAAGAACAUGGCCCCAGGUGAAUCAGUUUAUGGUGAAAAGAGAAUCUCCGUUGAAGAACCAUCUAAGGAAGAUGGUGUCCCACCAACCAAGGUCGAAUACCGUGUAUGGAACCCAUUCAGAUCUAAGUUGGCUGCCGGUAUUAUGGGUGGUCUAGAUGAAUUAUUUAUUGCCCCAGGCAAGAAAGUUUUAUAUUUAGGUGCUGCUUCCGGUACUUCUGUUUCUCACGUUUCAGAUGUUGUUGGUCCAGAAGGUGUUGUCUACGCCGUAGAAUUUUCUCACAGACCAGGCAGAGAAUUGAUUUCUAUGGCAAAGAAGAGACCUAAUAUCAUCCCAAUCAUUGAAGAUGCUAGACACCCACAAAAAUACAGAAUGUUGAUUGGUAUGGUUGACUGUGUCUUCGCAGAUGUUGCCCAGCCUGAUCAAGCUCGUAUUAUUGCAUUGAACUCUCAUAUGUUCUUGAAGGACCAAGGUGGUGUUGUUAUCUCCAUUAAGGCUAACUGUAUUGAUUCUACUGUAGACGCGGAAACCGUUUUUGCUAGAGAAGUUCAAAAGUUACGUGAGGAACGUAUUAAGCCAUUAGAACAAUUGACUUUAGAGCCAUAUGAAAGAGACCAUUGUAUCGUCGUUGGUAGAUACAUGAGAAGCGGUUUGAAGAAAUAA